CGCAUCGAUCGGUUGAAUUCCCUUCAAUGGACAAGCGUAGAGACGCGGUGGCUUAAGCGCGCUAGAGAAUUAAAACCCGUGGCGUUUCUCCGAUUCGUCCGUCUCUUUCGUCGGCUCCGUCCCACGAUCGAGAGAGAGGAGCCGACGUUGUUUGUAGCUCGCCAUGGCGGUGGGGUCAUGGCAGGCUCACUGGCAGCUGUCGCCGCCGCUGCUGCUGGUAGCGGUGGUGGUGGUGGUGCUGAUGUCGGCAGCCCAAGCGAUUCCGCAAGCGCCCGAGUCGGACCUCACUUUCUCGCUGGCCCCCGGGCACAGAGAGUGCUUCUACCAGCCCGUGAAACCCGGGGCCGUGGUGGAGAUUGAGUACCAGGUCAUCGAUGGCGGGGAGCUUGACGUGGACUUCACGGUCACGGCGCCCUCCGGAACCGUUCUCUUGGCCGAACACCGCCAGGGAGACGGGGUCCACAGCGUAGACGUCAAGGAGGAGGGAGACUAUGAGAUUUGCUUCGACAACAGUUUCAGCCACAUCUCGGAGAAGCUGAUCUUCUUUGAGAUCCUGCUCGACCACAUGCAACCCGAGGAGGAACGGCCCGAGUGGAUGGACGCCAUCUCAGCCGACCACCUCAUCGGCAUGAAGCUGGAGGACCUGCAGGAGUCUCUGAACAGCGUGAAGGCUCGACUCGCGCGGAGCCACCAGAUCCAGACGGUGCUGCGUGCGUUCGAGGCGCGCGACCGCAAUCUGCAGGAGAGUAACCUGUCGCGCGUGAACCUGUGGUCGGCGGCCAGCGUGCUGGCGCUCAUGGGAGUCUCGGCGCUGCAGGUCUACCUCGUGCGCAGCCUCUUCGAAGCCAGGCAGCGGGUGCACACGUAGCGCGGCGCCAGCGGGCGCCCCGCGCAGGUUUUGCCUGUUCGCGGCGGUCGCGUCCUGCGCUAUAACCACGCUCGAACGCUCCCGUAACGGCAUCCAACGUUCGCUUUUAUAUAGGUCUAUUUAAUACGAUGAUUGUUAUUGUUCAACGAGCGAGGUCUGUGAAAGUUAAGGGAAUCAACUUUUACUUUGGUGCAGAUUGAUUAAAAUAACCACCGUUUGAUUAUCCAGGUUAAUUUUGGAGGGGUGCCCAGGAUAAAACUAAAAAACGAAUAAUGCAAAAAAAUUGCUAAGGGAGGCUAUGCAAAUGGUUUGUCUUACUACGUAGGAUGGGGGUGAAGAUAUCGAACAUGUUGCCCGUUUACUUGCCAACCUGUUUGUGGGCACCGGGGUCACUGACCCUCGAUGAGUGAGGGAACGACUCAUAAUUAAUCGAACCGGCGUGUGUAAAGAUAUCUCAUGUAUGGGUUUUUUUGCAAGCACUGUUGACCCGCAACUCGGAUAUUCCACCCACAGAUAAUUGAGAGUUAACUGUACGUGACAGCGUUAUGGGUGUUGGCGUUUGGUAGUGAUCGCAAGAGCUCGCAGCCUACACACAGUAGUACAGUUGAAAGAGGACCAUUAUCUCUCUCGCUCUGUUGAGUGGUCAGCAAGGGUGCCGUUUGACUUCGCCUGGGACCUUAAUGCUUCGAGUUUCCAAUCCCUGCGGUUGUUGUUCAUGCAGGUACACAAUUCUUAAUAUGACUGCCCUAAAAGGAAAAUAUAUAUAUGGUGUAGGGACGACGUUUUGGGAAAGGGCCCUUCUUCAAGUCCUUUCAAAAGUCAGCUAGUAUAUUAAAUGUUUCCUUUAAGCAAUGGGUUAUUGACGAAUUUGAUUAGUUUUUGUUAUUUGGGCUUGCUUACCACUGCCAGCGCACAUGAAAAAUAGAGGAUGUUUGUAAAGCUGUAGCGGAUGAUUUUUAGGUGUUGAUUGACAUUCACGAACACCCAUUAUAAUUGGCUUGACCUUAGUCAUUUGCCCAAUCAUGAAUUUACUCUGCCUGCCACCACUAAGUGCAGUCACUUUGCUUGGCUCCCUUAUUAUUACAACACUUGCCGCUAAUAAUGUGUUGCCAAACAUGGGUCUAAAUGUGUGAGAAUUAAGGGGAGUGUGGGAUUUUAUAACAGGUUAAAUCAAAUCGAGAGCUGAUGGGGUUAUUCGUAAUUUUGGUACCUUUUUUUAUUUCUGGUCUCUAAAAAAACGGUAGGAAGCCUUUCAAUGUCACACUGAUAAUGUCUAGUUUCAAUUCCAACACAUAGAAUUCAGACUUUUCUUAUGAGAAUAUCCACUAAAAGCCCAUUGAGAUUAAUGCAUUUUAUUCGCAAUGGAGAUUCUUCUGCAUAAACCAUAGUUGUGUUGGGGAAGUUAUUUAUUCGAAAAUAGUGGGUACAAUUGAAAGGAGAGAUUUGCGUAAAAAGACAAAACACGAGAGCUCACGUCUGAUAGUGACGGUGACACGGGGUCAUUCGACGCGGGGUCAUUCGACACAGGGUCAUUCGACACAGGGUCAUACAGCAAGACCCCGUGUUUUUUUGUAAUUCCAUGUAAGAGCUACGUGGCUGCUAAAUGAGUCGAGCAAUACACCAGUGUCGACUGACCAUUUUGCAAGAACGUGUAAAUACUACUACGCUUGUAAUUGGUGACGGUACGUCAUUUCACGUGCUUGAUGCAGGAGUAGGAUUGUGUGCCACUUGUUUUUACAUGUCUGUUGUGGUUUUGCAGGGUUAAAUGGUAUAUUUAUGAAGGACUGCUUCUAGAUAAGUUGGGAUUUGCUACUGUUUUGCUGAACAAUAGUUGGAAAUUGUUCACGCCAGAAGAUGUCUUUUUUGCUUAAACAGAUGCACAAAAAGCCAGGUAGUUGUGUUUGCAUUGUAAGUUGUGCAACGGACUAUGCUUCAUGUAGCUAUGCCAUUAGGUAUUUGCAGGGAGUGACCAACCGGUAGCGCGUUUGCCCUGAUUAAUACUGCGGGUAUAUUAACCGUAAAAUACGUGUCUUCUUUCACAGUAAACGUUAAAAGAUCCCGUUACGUCAUUUGAAAGAGUAGGCCAAUGUUUGCCGGCGUCAUAGUCCAGAAUUCACAAAUAUGAAAAAUAACUCACAAAUUACUAAAUUGGAAUCUACAUAGCAAUCAUCACCCCCUACUCUGAAACUUGUCAGGGCCCUCCUGGAAAACGGAGUCAUGAGGCUUUCUGGGUAAACAAGCAGAAUAACAUUUACAGCCCUUUUACCGUUGCACCGCUGGAUGAACAUGACCUUUUCACACCAUGUCUAGCACAGAGGUAAUUUGACCAUUCUUCACCAAUCUGGUCAGUGCGGAUGGGUGAAGGGGUUUGCUCAGGAGCAGUUCAGAUAUCGGCCGCCACUGAUUUUAGCCUUGGUUGGGAAACAGGCUCGGGCCACUGGGUUCACAGAGCAGCGAGCAAUUUGCCACUCCGCCGUCAAUUUAUAUAUUUACUUGCAAACGUAACGCCUUUCUUGCACUAAUCUGUCACUCAAAUUUUAUUAAGAAAGGUUCACAUGUUCCAUUGAUGAAGCACAAAUGGUCAACCAAUGCAAUGAAACUUACUUGGCCUCAUACUGUUAGGUAUAUUUUCGGUAAAGUCACGUAGGUAAAAAAUUACAUUUUAAGUUAAUAAAAGUAAUAAUGGAAAUGAAAUAAAACAUAAAAUAAAAAAUCACGACGUUUCGGAGGCAACACAAGUCUCCGUCAUCAGGUGGGCCCGUCACAGCUAAAAUUACUGUAUCAAGUGAGGAAAAUUCCAAAAGACCAGCCCUUAAAUACAAGUUAAGGGGGGAGGGGCUUAUCUGAAUGUGGAAUGGAACGUGGGGGUGGUGGGUGGGGCUACAAGAGAAAUUGGUCAACGUCGAUAUGUGCAAGAAAACAAUCGGUGUACCUUGGCCUAUUUUGGUGAAUGGGGAACAUUCAAGUCAUUUGCAUGCUCAAGGUGUGUGUUUAAAUUACAUGUUUAGAAACGUAUUAAAUUCACAAUCUGGAGUUGAUGUACUGCACAGCCAUUGUGGAAACAUACAUUUGCUAAGCAUGUCCGUUGAACUUCUUUCGUACCGUACAUCGCCAACCGUGCUCAUCGGCGAUGCGUUUUGUCUGUCACUGAUCUGCAGUACCGCACAUAGCCAAUAAAAACAAUACGUCACGUAAAAAUCGGUUCGCCUUGAACAAGAGAUAAAUUAUACUUGCCUCAAAAUGUGAAGUUUUCUAGUUAAGUAAUUAAGCUAAGAUAAGCCAUUGAAUUUAACCGAUCUUUGAUAGAUCUAUCUUAUUUGCGAAAAUAUUCUAGUGUGCUGUUUUAAUUUUAUACAAGUACGGAACUAUUGGAUAUCAUGUUGUGAGGUCAGUUUAAGGUUUUGUUAACCUAGGGUUAAAUUACUGGACAAAACGUUGCACUCUUUUGAAAGAGGUGUUUGCCUUCCAAGUCUUGAAUUGCAAAACCUGUUUUGUAUGCACGUUACGGAACUGUUACAUUAAUGUGGAUUCCGUGGACAAAAUGACAUUUGAAAGUGUUGCCUAAUAAAAUAAAAU